AUGCGCUACGGUAAAGUGUACUUCUAUGAUCGAAUGGGCAAUCGCGAGCCGAAUGAAGCCGACAAAAUCAGAGGUUAGUGAGCGGAAAAAGGAAUGAUGUCCCACGUGGCAUACCCCAGAAGCACUCGAAAACUUUGACGCACCACGAUUCCGACCGCCAGAUGAACCGAGAAUGAUGAAGAAUUAUACGACACAAUGUCAGUUAGGAGACGGGAAAUAAACUGAAAUGCGCGGAAAUGUAUUUUAGUUUCUCCGUUGGACACUCCGCCUCCGAUGAUGGGAAACGGCACGCCGCCAGUGGUCGGAAUGCAUCAGUUUCUGACGGAUUCCGACCCGACGAGGGAGAUGAUGGACCUUCCGGCGAACAUAUCCAACUUCGGAAGGGACGACGGCAGUCUGGGUGCGCUGUUAUCGUAGUCGUACUCAUCCGUUUCCCUUGUUCAGUGCUUCCCGCCAACUUGAUGGGCGGCGAAGAGACGGCCCUUCCGAACAUUGACAGAUAUCGAAUGGAUCUUCCAUCCGAUGUUUAUCCCGAUGACCCGAUGCCACGUGGCAUCUCAAGUCCACCGAUGAACGGAAUGAUGAAGUUCAACUUGGGAGAAGAUAUUGGCAAAGAAAUUGAUAGAGGAGUGAUGGGCGGGUACGGAGGGGAGAGAAAACCACGUGGAUCCGAUGGUGGAAAUGGAACAGAACCUGGGGAAUAUACGGUUUGAAAGUGAAGAAGAGGUGAGAGGAAUAACAAGAAACGAAUCGGAUUUUGUUCAGAAAAAAGCGAAAAUGAACAAGUACAUGGUGGAUGAGGAGUAUUACGGUCAUGACAUUUGCGCGCAAUGUCAGGCGGAGGACGAAUACAUGGAACGGAUGAGGAGAACGGCGGAAGAGGAACGGAGGAAGUACGACGAGACAACGAGAAGAGCGAAGAUUUACGAGCAGGAGACGAAGCAAAAGGAGGAGGCAUUCAGACGGGUGAGCCAAAAAGAAGAUGGGAUGGGAAAUAGCAGGAUUGCAGGACGAGCUCGAAAGGAACAAGGCGCUGCGGGAGCACGUGGAUCGGGUGAACGCAGAGAUGAUCGAGUUGAAGAAGAGGAGACCGAAGUCGCCGAUCGAAGAGAACUACAUCUUCCGGCACGAAUCUCCACGGCUCCGUGAUGCGGAACAGCGCACGCGGAAGGAUGUGUACCGCGCAGAACUGGACAGACAGGUCGAAGAGAAAAGGCUCCGACGAAUCGCCGAAUUCGAGAAGAACGAGGCGAUCGACGCGACGAGCAAUGCGAGAGCUGCUCUGGAGUGAGUGAUCAGGGGAACUUCCGGAACAGUUGAAAAUUGCAGGUUUGCGAAUGCGAGAGAAGCGGAACGGAAAACGAUGGAGCACGCGAAGGAGAUGGCUCGGAAGCAGCUGGAAUUCCAGAUGGAAAUGAACCGAGUGGGGGCGCCGUCCGAUAAAAACUGGCUCUGGUGGGCGGAACGGCCGGAUGAGCACGGAUGGAGGGAUGCGAGGCUGCAAGGAAUGAAGCAUACGAAUCAGGUGGAGAGGAAUCAGACAAUCAAGUGAGCAGAUAGAUAAUAGAGAAAGGCAAGUUGGGAAUUGCAGACAUUCAAUCGGAAUGUUGGAAGAGUUCAAAGCCCGACAGGCUCAUGAUGAUAUGGUUAUGAGGGAUAAUCGGAGGGCUAAAUACGACAGAAUCAGAGAGCAAUUGCACGAGAACUCGAAGAUGCUUUAUCCGCUGGCAAAGAGAACGGAAAGCCGUCCGAUUAUCGUGCAGCCGAAUCCGAAAGUGGAGGCGGCGUGGAGAGAAGCGCACGAGAAGUACGAUCGAAAGUUCGCCGUUCUUCAGGAUAACGCCAUGAGAAGCAUCUCCGGAGCAGCUUUGGAUGGAGGUUCACUUUCUCUUCUGCCCGUUCUUUUAAAUGAAUGCUUUUUUCAGCUGUCCAUACAACCACGUCAUGCCGUCGAUGUGCCCGUUGUGCUCGUCCGUUGGAGCGGAAAACUGCACUGGCCGUCAAUCGUGGCGAGACCAUCCUCCCGCAUCAAAUAAAUUGGCAUUGA